AUCUGCCUCUCAAGCCUCCGUGUGGCUCCUGGCUCCAUGGCGCUCUGGUUGACCGUGGUCAUUGCUCUCACCUGCCUGGGCGGCCUCGCCUCCCCGGCUUCCGUGCCUUCCAUCAGGGCCCUCAAGGAGCUCAUUGAGGAGCUGGACAAUGUCACCCAGAAUCAAAAGGCGCAGCUCUGCAACGGCAGCAUGGUGUGGAGCGUCAACCUGACGACUGACGUGUGCUGCGUAGCCCUGGAGUCCCUGACCAACGUCUCAGGCUGCAGCACCCUCCAGAGGACCCUGAGGCUGCUGAACGGACUCUGCACUAGCAAGAGCUCAGCCGAGCAGGUCUCCAGCCUGCCCACCCGAGACACCAAAAUCGAAGUGGCCCAGUUCGUAAAAGACCUGCUGAGACAUCUAAAGCGACUCUAUCGUCACAGAGUAUAACUGGCGUGAAGAGUAGCACCCUUAUCUGCAGAGACGGCCUGACCCUUGAAGUUGCAGAUUCACUUUUCUUUCCGAUGCCAGAAAUUUCUUGGGGAAGUGGGAAGGUGGGGGGGAUGGGAGGGUGAGAUUUCCUUAGCUUAGACCUCAGCUCAUGCCGCCUGCCCCCUGCCUGGCUGCCCAGGUGCCCCCUCCUGAGGGCAGACUAGCAUUACAGCAGGUGCCGCCCUUGCAGACGGGCCUGAGGCAGAGAGCAGCCAGCGCGUCUGGCUCCUAUUUAUUAUUGUGUGUUAUUUAAACUAGUGUCUGUCAGUGCUGGGGACAGGGAGACUGCUGCUGCCCGCGCUGGCGCAGCCGGUGUUCGGGGUCCCUGGAAUUCCGCUACCUCACUGGGCUCCCGGGCCUCGGG